CCUUGUUAAAGUCUCUCUACCAACCAGCAUUGAGCAGCAGCAACAGCAGCAGUACCAAGAGCAGCAUUUUGCCUGCAGGACCUGAUGCUCAUCCAUAUUAAACCGUCUGAGCUCAGGAAUCCAGCCAGAUCAUCUCCUCCUAGUGCAAAGUUUAUUUUUAACUAGCAGAUCCUGGAUGGUGGUGCUGCUGCUGCUCUUAGCACUCUGGCCUCGCAGAGGAAGGACUAGCCAACUUUCUCACUGCCACACAAACUUUUAUUUCUUUCGCUAGAUCACUUUUUUUUUUUUUUUUUUGAGUGUAAACUUUUUUUUUUUAAAUCCUGAUUAGCAACUCGGUUAUAGCAGGCAGCCAGGAGCUGUGAUGAAGGAGUCUUUUUUAAGAAAUCUAACGUGACCCCCUCCGCUGAUUGGAAAAGAAGGCUUUCACCGAUGGAAAAUCAGAAGCAAAGUGAUAGGCAUGUGAGGAGUGAUGAAUAACAGAGGAUCCCACCAGCUUUAAGAGAUAAAAGGAGAAGCCAUAGUGCUUCCAUUUCCUGUAUUUUCUAAAACAGAACUUUGGUGCCCAUAAUUCCCUUUAAGGGACAAUACAAUAUUAUAUCCUGUUUAAGUAGGCAGCUGUGUACUGGUGCCCCUCUGGUGGAGGUAUUGAAGGGAUGUUGCCAGCAAACUUUUCAACAGGGCCCUGUCAGUUCCAAACUUUUCAGCAGCCAGGGAACAGCCUAGUAGUUGAAGUGCUAGAUAGAGCUAUGGUUGAUGCUAAAGUCUGUGCCUCCAACAUUGCAGAGAAGAUGACUGGAAAACAAGAAAUGAAACCCAUCCCAGAACCCUCAGCAGAAAAUGGAGAAAAAGAAACUGUGAGUGAAAAAGACCAACUCAAGGCAGUGAACUUAAUGAAUGGAGCAGAAGCCAGUGACCUAUCCUCUGUUAACGCAAUGAUGACAACUGUGAUGAGUGCAGCCAACAUAGCUGAAAAUGGUGGGAGCUUGCAGAACACUAAAUCGCCAGCAAAAUCUCCUGCUCCAAACAGGAUUGGCAGAAGGAAUCAGGAAUCGAAAGAGGAGAAAUCAUCCUAUAUCUGCCCCUUGUGUGAAAAGAACUGCAAUUCUCAGCACCAACUUACAAUGCAUAUCCGCCAGCAUAAUACAGACACGGGAGGGACUGACCAUAGCUGCAGCAUCUGUGGAAAGUCUUUAAGUUCAGCGAGCUCCCUAGAUCGCCAUAUGCUUGUCCACUCUGGAGAGAGGCCUUACAAAUGUUCAGUGUGUGGGCAGUCAUUUACUACUAAUGGGAAUAUGCACAGGCAUAUGAAGAUACACGAGAAGGACCCAAAUGUUUCAGCUACCGCAAGUCCCCCAUCACCCCAAAAACGAAGGAGGUUUACAACCAAAAGGAAAUUAAGUACUGAAGUGGAAGCAGAAAAAGAAGAAACACCAUCAGCAAAAAAGGUUGUUGAAGAGAUUCAAGCUGUAGAGCCGACGAAGAAGAUAGAAGAUAUUGUGCAUUGCCCUGUGUGUGCUAAAGAAUUUUCAUGCAAAUCAGAUCUGGAUAGUCACAUGGAACUGCAUCCUGAAGCCUCUCUUAAGUGUGAUAUUUGUUGCAUUUCAUUCCGUACCCAUCGGGGUAUGCUGCGCCACAAUGCUGUAAUCCAUAAAAUGCUCCCUAAAGAUGCAUCUGGAAAACCUUUCAUUCAGAAUAACCCUAACAUCCCUGCUGGAUUCAAUGAUUUGAGUUUCACUGACUUUUCCGGCAGGAAGUUUCCUAUUAUUUCUCAGGUCUGGUGUGAGACAAAUUUAAGAAGAUGCAUCAGUGAUUUACAUCGCUUCAUCUGUGAAACUUGCAAUAAAGCAUUUCCGAUGAUCUCUGCUUUGAAGCUGCACAUGGAAACUCAUCAAGAAGGCCAACUUAACAGUAAGCACAAGAAUGAAGGUGCAACUGAGGUAGCUCAAGACCAGAAAGCAUAUAUGGCAGCCCUGGGCCUGCAGCAAACCAAAGAUGUCAAACCUGCUAGCCAGGAAGACCACAUGCCAGACUGUUUUGAGGCAAUGCGGCUAGAAGCUUUGAAGAGUAACCUAUCUCAGGACAUUGGUAGUAUAAGCUUACUGAAAAUGUCACCUAUAGAAGCACCUUCUGUGUGUGGCUCAUUCUCAAUUUUUCCUCCAAGGAAAGAGGAUGUGAAGCUGCUUUCCCUUCAGCCUUUUCAAAAGGGCUUUACCAUUCAACCUGACAACAGCAUUGUUGUGAAACCCAUCUCUGGGGAGCUUGCUGAUAUUCAGCAGAUAUUAAAGAUGGCCGCCUCAGCUCCCCCACAAAUUAGUUUCCCACCUCUGGCAAAAACUUCACCUGGCAGCACUCAGCCUCAAGCCUUCAAGCACAUGCCUCUACUGAAGCCAAAGCCACUGGUGGCCCCUCGUACAGUUGUUGCUGUCUCUACUCCACCCCAACUUGUAAACACUCAGCAGACAUCACCAGGCUCUAUCAGCCCAAGCCUUCCUCCCCCGCAACUGAGGAAUAAGAGUGCAGUGGAAUCUCCUACCAGCGCCAUAUUUUUACAGUCAAGAUCUGAAGCUAAUAGCGCUUCAAAUCAGAAUUCACAGUUACCUGAUGCUUUGAGUCAGUGUGAGUUAAAAACUCAACUUGAACAGGACAGUAUUAUAGAAGCAUUCAUGCCGUUGGAUUUAGACUCCAAAAUAAAGCAAGAAGCAACUGAAGGUGAUCUGAAAGCAAUUAUUUCUGGAGGAAACAACAAAAAAACAACCCAAGCAAAAAAGGUUUUCUAUCCUUGUCGGUUUUGCGAUCAGGUAUUUACAUUCUCAGGUCUUUUAAGGGCUCAUAUCCGCACCCAUUUGGGUAUAUCACCAUAUCAAUGUAACAUUUGUGACUAUAUUGCAGCUGACAAAGCAGCAUUAAUUCGUCACAUGCGCACACAUAGUGGAGAAAGGCCAUACGUAUGUAAGAUUUGCCAGUACCCUUUUACUGUAAAAGCCAACUGUGAGAGACACCUCCGUAAGAAACACCUUAAAAUCACCAGAAAAGAAAUUGAAAAGAAUAUCGAUUAUCUGUCUACAAACACAGCUGAAAUGGUGGAUGUACUCUGUUCGCCAGAUACUGUUUGCAAAUGCUGUGGUGAAGACUUGAAAAACUAUCGUGCCCUUCAUAUACACAUGAGGACCCACAACAAUUUUCAGAAAAAGAAGCCAUUCGAGUGCAAAGAGUGCGGAACUACAUUUUCUGCUAAAAGAAAUUGUAUACACCACAUACUUAAACAACAUCAGAAUGUGCAAGAGAAAGAAAUUGAGAGUCAUAUUUUAACUGUAGCGCGUAGUCCUGAGCAUAUUCGAUCAGGUCCCCCAGUUAUGGCAGAUAGCUCUUACCUUGAUCGGAAGCCUACAGCAUAUAUGCCAUCCCACAAUGGCUUUCUUCAUGGCAGGGUGGCAAAUUGUCCAUUAAAACUUGAACCUAAUACUGACUAUACUGUAGAUCUUGAUGAGCCCUUGGAUUUUUCAAAAAAGAAUAAGACUUUCGUUGCUCUCCAAAUCAAGCAGGAAAAUGUCUAUAGUCCACCUGCAGUCUCAUAUGAGGACAUCAUGGAGCCUAUUGAUCUUUCCAUCCCUAAACAAGCAAGACAGGACAUAGAUGAUUCUCCGAUUCAACCAACAAAUACAGUGACUCCACCUGUGUCUGCAGGACCAUUUUACAACUGCCAACCAUGCCCUGUUUCCUUAAGUGCCAAUGAAAACACAGACAAAGCUACAGCUGUCAUACAUUCCAAAUCUGUAAAAACCCCUUUGCAGUUGACCGUCCCAAUCAUUUCUCCCGCUGUUCUUAGUAGUGCAACGGUUCUGCGCCCAUUGAGGCCUAAACCACCACCUCUCUUGCCAAAGCCUCCAGUGUCUGAAGAACUUCCUCCCCUAGCAUCCAUUGCACAGAUAAUUUCAUCAGUAUCAUCUGCAUCUGCUUUGUUAAAGACUGAUAUUACAAAUCCAGCUUCUCAGGUAAAUGCAAAUAGUUUACCAGCCACUGACAAAUCUGGGUCUUCCAAAUCCAAAACGACAAUCCCUCACAAAGAACUUGCUGCUUCUUGCAAUGCUCCCCAACCUGCUGCAACCCUAGCUACUUCAAACAGCAAUGAUGCUGCGGUCAUAGGAGCAAAAAAACGAGGGCGAAAGAAAGGAACAAAAAACAAGCCGAAAACAACUCCUGGUCUAGAUCUUGAGUCUAGUGGGGAAUUUGCAAGUAUUGAAAAAAUGCUAGCCACUACAGACACUAAUAAGUUCAGUCCUUUCCUUCAAUCUACUGAGGACCUCAAACAUAGCAUAGACCGAAAUGGAACCAGCGAGGAAGACAGAGACAGCGGUGAAGAUAAAAGAGGAAAAAGGAAUUCCUAUUCCAAUUCCUUACAGAAAAUCACCUGCCCAUUUUGUCCUCGCGUUUUUCCCUGGGCCAGCUCUCUGCAAAGGCAUAUGCUCACUCACACAGGUCAGAAGCCCUUCCCAUGUGCAAAAUGCGAUGCCUUCUUUUCUACCAAAUCUAACUGUGAACGCCAUCUCUUACGUAAGCAUGGAGUUGCCAACCUGGCCUUGCGAAGAAACGGUCUAAUUUCCCUGUCUAAAGAAAGUGAUGUUGGAUCUCAUGAUAGCACAGAUAGCCAAUCAGAUGCGGAUAUGUCCUCUACUGAGCUUGAUGCAUUAGACCUGUCGUCUGUUGACAAAGAUAAAACAGAAGUAAAUCAAACCCAAGAGAGCAAUCUUGCAUCACAAAAUCCACAAAUGGAAAAUGAGCCGUCGGAUAACCAGAAAGAAACCAAAGUGGAACCAGAUGAAUACAAUGCACAAUUAGAAGAUGAUGUUGUAAGCAACAAAAGUCUUGAUCUUAAUUUAGCGAGUAAACUAAUGGACUUUAAGCUAUCUGCAAGUGAGCAGGCUGCCAGCAGCAAUGGCAACGCCUGUGAUGUUUGUGGAAAAAACUUCAAGUUUGCUGCUACUUUGGGGAGACACAAAAAGGCCCAUUCAUGUGAAAACAAGGGAGCAGAUAAGAGCCAAGGAGAUGAUGACGAUGAUGAUAAUAACAGUGUGUUAACUUCUGCCUGCCAGCCUUCUCAGGGUAACGUUGUAGCAGAAGUUGAGGAUAUGGAGGAAGAGCACCCCAUUGAUCUAAAAGUAUCACAAUCUCCCAUGGAGAUUGAAUUAGACUCAAAGAAUAAGGGGGAAGGAGACCCUGCCUCAGCUGAAGAAUGCACGGAAAUGAAAUCCUUGGAAAAAAGUGAUGAUGACAAGGAGUCCAAAGCUAAUGAAUCAAAGCCAUCUUCAAAAGCUGAUAAACGGAAAAAAAUAUGCACUGUUUGCAGCAAACGCUUCUGGUCCUUGCAGGAUUUAACAAGACAUAUGAGAUCCCAUACAGGUGAAAGACCAUAUAAAUGUCAGACCUGUGAACGCACUUUCACUCUGAAACAUAGCCUGGUUCGCCACCAGCGUAUACACCAGAAAAUUAAAGAUUUCAAGGGCUCAGGGAAAGACUGUGAUAAGGAGGACCGUCAGUCAAGGUGUGAAGAAGAAAGCGAUGCAGACUCCAUACAAAGCAACACACAUCUUACAUCUGAUGAAUGUGAUACACCCACUAGUCUUAACAACCCGAACUUGCCAGAAUCAAAAAGAUCCUGUUAGGAGACGAGUGUGCGAGGAAUUGUGCUAAACUGGGAACACAUCUGGAGCAGCAUCCUUAAACCAUCUUCUUUGUAGAUUUUAUUAAAGAAAGCCAAGCACCCCCAACUGCAAAAGCUUUCAAGUAAUUCAAGGAAAAAAAUUACUUUCUAAGAUUUUUACCACCUCAGAGUGUGACACCCAGCCCAGUAUGGGAGCAAAUUGAGCCAGUGAUGUGGGAAAUAACUCUGAAUCCCUAGUAAGAAUGAUAACAGCAUCAUUUUUGAAGCAAUAUUUUUUUUAUUUACAACUAAGAGAGUAUGGCAAGCCAUAACAAGUGCCAUAACUUUUCAGCUAAAUGCAAAAACUCUGUACUGAUUCUGAGUGCCUUACUACUUUAUUACAUCUUUUGGUAUCAAACGUAUUUUUCAGUUUUCAAAUAUAUAUAUUUUUUUUAUUGAAAGAAUAUUACCUUAAAGAAAUAUACAAAGAGAACUGUUUCAAGUGAAGCAUUAUGAUGAACUUGUAUUUGUGUGACAGAGCUUGCCCUUGUAGAACACUGUUUCCUGUGGUGGAAGCCAUUCAGGUCUACGGCAAAUAACUGGAAGAAAGGAACGCGUGUUAAUGGACACACAAGGAGGUCGCACAGUGGACCACUUCUGAUUCCCCCUCACCGCCACCACCGUUUCUACUCGUGACCUCUCCUCUCUCUAGAAUUCCCAGCUCAUUUUAGCAAUACAGGAAUGAACUAAGAGAAGACUCAUGCUGGAUACAAACACACCAAAAUUGGCAUGUGCCGUACAACCAGGAAAAACAAAAUCGCUUUCACAUUUACUACUUGAUUCCACUCGUAUAUUUUCUGAAUUGUUCAGUUAUUGUUCUACCUCCAGUGGAGCACAGUGGAUUCGACCGAAACAUUCUAACGAGUGGACAUUAACUCUGCCCCCCCUUGCCUAGAUUCUGUUUGCUUGAAUUCAACAGCUUACUAGUCUCUGCAUUUGCAGAACUGUUUGGGCAAUAUUUGCCCUUCAAAACUUGGUAUUAAUAUAUAUGUAUAAAUAUUUGUUUUUUUUUCCAACCCCCCAAGUUUUUGCAUGGCACCAUUCCUACCGUACUGUUAUCAACCCUAGUCGCAGGGUGAGCCAAUGCCUGUACGUGAACUCCAUUCAGACUGUUCUGUGUCCUAUAAUUGAGGAUCUUGUUUAGAUCAUCGCGGCUGCCUGACGGCUAUUGAGAACAAGCAAAGAGUUCUGUCUUCCAGUAUCAGUAAUCAUGCCUUACCUUUACCUUGGCCCUGUAUGCAUUUGGCCAAGAAUGUCCUACUACUGGUAAAACUAGAGUCGCUAGAAACGAAAUGUAUAAAGAGACUUUUCUUCUGGGGUAUUUUUGGGUUGGUGCUCGAGAUGAGUCUAUAAAAUGAUGUGUACAUAUGUGUGUGUUGGAGUAUUUAUAUGUGUGUAUAAUCUACACACAUAGAUACAAAAGCGUGUGCAAAUUAUUUGUUACUAUGAUAAAAAUGGACGCUACUGUAGCUGUGCAAUUGCUCUUCUCAGUUUGUAUCAAGCUCUCAAGAAUGACAUUUGUUGGACCCUGGGGUCCUAGCACUGCAUUUUAGUUAUCCCUUUGUCCAAAGUAUUUAAUAACACUGUGCUGUUCAGCCUUACUGUUUUGUUUUUUUUAUUGUCUCCCUAGUUAAGCAAUGCAAUCAGAGGGCCAUGCCUGUUUAUUUAUUGCACUGGCUUUGCCCAUCUUGACAGUUAUACUAGACCACGUUGUUGCAAUUGGCAUAUAUUGAUUCACUGCACAAUAUUGGCAAUAGGUAACAGGAGAAAUCCUGUUUUAAUGAACCUUUCCCCCUGCCUGGAGUAUAGACUAUUGUCUUUAAGCACAGCACUCUUCUCAUGGUGAGGUUCUAGAGAAGCAGAAGGCCAUCCCAAGACAUCGUAGUUGCAGGGGGAAAUAUUUUGCACCCCAUUUAACUCAGCAUUAACCAAUCAAGCAAUAUAAAGGUCAUAAUUUGAGAGAGAAUUAAGUAAAGCAUGCAUGCUGUGUAUUUGUUGACAAUCAAAUGAUGCUAAAGACGGCACUGUAGCAGCUAGCAAACCUUUGCCAUUGAGGUUUGGAAUAACAGAGUUUUAUGUAGAUGAAAACUAAUAUAUUACUGAAUACAAUGAGCAACACAAAAGUGCAAAUAUAUUGACCCAAAAAAGCUAUUUCAGGUGAAUACACAAAGCAGAUUGAACCAAUGAUCCCUUAUUUUCUACACCAAAUGUUCCUCUCAAUCCCAUUUGCAGACAGCCCUGGGUCUUUUUAAGUUUUAGAUCACCCGUGCUACAAGGAGCAUGUUCUGUAGCCUGCACAGCCAUGGGACACACGUUAGCAAUAGCCAAUCUCCAGUAAAAGCUUUAUUUAAAUGUAACUGCACCCAGAAAUAGAAGGUCUUCUCUUUUUUUUUAUGAACAUUUCUACACAAAUGAGUUUGACUGAGAGGUGAUAAUGUUCCCAGCCACAUCUGCCCCUUUUCUAUAUGAAGCUGUGAAAUGUAUUGUGUGUUUAAACUCUGGAUGAAUCUUAGUUUUAGCUUGCGUUUGGCCAAUAUUUUUCCCUUUUUUUAUUUUUCUGUUUUCCUCUCAGGGCUUUGCAAAAAUUAAUCUUAUGCGUUAUUUUAUUGUGUCACUUCUGUGUUUCAAAUCAACUGCAAGAGAUCUGUAAAACUGAGCUAAUUGAAUCACUACAAAUAAGCACUUGACUGUGAAUACAACACUGCUGGUAUGUCGAACUGGCAGCUCACCCGCUGGGUGAAUUACCGCUACUCUACCACCAACCGUCGGUUUCAUAUAUUGAGGGGUGCUGUGAGCUGUAGAACACCCCAGCAAGAGAGCUGCUCUUCUGCCAUACUUGCAGUAAUGGGCCCUUCCCAUGUCUGCCUAUGUUCAGAUAAAUUGGCCUACACAACAGUCGGAAUUCCAGUUCCACAAUGAUUUUUAUUUUGUUUCCUUCCUGUAUCUCUGCAGUGGAUAUCACUCUCCGUGAUUACAGCCAAUUUUCUCUAGCAGGAAAUAAUAUGAAAUACCUAGAAGCUCAUAUUUUUCUAAAGGGAAAGUAAACUGCUGCUAUGCGUUAUGUACAAGACUGGUCUAUGCCACAUGAACAGAGAAUCACAUUGUAUUGGUACUUCUCCUUUUUAUUCACUUGUACAGUACUUCCAAAUUCAAAAUGAAAGCUGUCCUGUAUCAAACAAUCUAAGCAAUAAAAUCUUAUAUUUAAAAUUGA